AUGUCUGAAUCAAUAUCAGCUAAAUAUUAUUUACAAUCUAAUCAAUUAUUAAAAGAAUUUAUUGAAAAAAACAAAGGGAAAAAAUUUGUUUUGAUUACUAGUGGUGGUACCAGAGUUCCUAUAGAAAAGAAUACCGUAAGAUUCAUUGACAAUUUCUCAACAGGAAGGAGAGGAUCCUCCUCAGCAGAAUAUUUUUUAAAAAACAAUUAUUGUGUUAUCUUUUUAUGUCGAAGUAAUUCAUCGAAACCUUUUGAUAGAUUAUUAGAAAAUAUUCUUGAUCAUUUAAGAGUUAGUGAAAAUAAAACAUUAAUUUUAGAUAAUGUUGAUAAAAAGGAACAUGAUAAAUUUCUUAAUGUUUUGGAAGAAAAAAAUAAAUACAAAAAAAAUCUUUUUUUAAUCAACUUUAUGGAACUUUUUGAGUAUGUUGAGGUAUUAAAAAGUCUUUUAAAUAUUCUUAAACCAUUAAAAAAAGAUGUAAUAAUUUAUCUUGCUGCUGCUGUAUCUGAUUUUUAUAUUGAUGAAAAAGAUAUGCCUGAUCAUAAAAUUCAAUCAAGAAAUGGUGAGGUAAAUUUAAAACUUACUCCUGUCAAAAAGGCUGAUAUAAUUGAAUUACUUGGUGAUAAUAAAGAAAGUUUUUUGGUAACAUUCAAACUAGAAACUGAUGAAAAGUUACUGUAUAUUAAAAGUAAAAAAUCUUUUGAAUAUUACAGUCAUCAAGUUGUUGUUGGCAAUAUUCUGUCAAGACGUACAUCAGAAAUAAUUAUAUAUACACCAAAAGACAAUGGAGAGUUAAAGGAAGAAAUUAUUAAAUUAAAUGAAGUAGAUAUAGAAAAAAAUGUUGAUAUAGAAGAAAAAUUAGUCCAAGUUCUUUGUAAAAUGCAUGAUCAAUUUAAAAAUGAAUAA